GCUGUCCAGAGUGGAGUAUCAGUCACCGUUCGUUCUCAACGUUCUCCAACUGCAAAAAAAUCCAUUUGAAAUGUUCAAAGUCUUGAUGAUCUGCGCCGUUGUUGGCAUUGCUGUUGGCUCGCCACUUUCAGUGGGUCGUCUUCCACACGCGGUGUCACAUCCCGUGCCACGUCCCGCGCCACGUCCCGUGCCACAUCAAGUGCCGCAUGCCGUGGUUCAUGUAAGUGGCGAUGAUGUUCACGCCGAACAGACUGCUCGCUCGGACGAUGUGCGAGCUGAUGGAUUCAAGUAUGUCUACGAGACCAGCAACCACAUAAACGAGGACAGAGAUGGCAAUGAGCACGGCGAUAUCCACGGCUCCUUCUCCUAUAUCUCACCCGAGGGAGAACACAUUAAGGUCGAUUAUGUGGCUAAUGAGCACGGUUACCAGCCCCAGGGUAGCCAUCUGCCAACCCCACCACCAAUUCCAGAGGCAAUCCAAAGGUCCAUUGAGUACAUCGCUGCUCAUACUCCAGCACCCGAAAGCCAUGGACAUCAUUAAGGAAAAGCUUCUGAUGAUCUAAUAGAAUGAACCGUACAAUGGACUUGACUUUGGAAUCCUGUUGAUGAACUUUAGUUUUUAAGUCUUCUGAUCAUAAUAAAUAAAACUGCAACUCUUGAAA